UCACACACGGCUCCGCGAACAUAAGUCAGUUGAGGACGGAAGAGACAAAUAGGAAAGCCGAUUGUUUUUAUUUUAAAAACAGUAUUGAGGCUCACUAUCCGAUCUAAUCUCUCGUCUUUAUUGUUUUAGUGAGGCAAAGUCGCAGUGCGUAAAUGCGGUAAAACAUAUUUUUUUUGACAAACAAUAACAGAGGACUGAGCGAUGCAUUUGUUCAACGUGUCCAACACACAGCUGUAGUUUUUUAACGGGCGAGGAAUGCUAUCUGAGCUCGCGCAUCAAUGUUUCACUGGGGCAAGUGGAAGAAGAGGAUGGGCGCGAAUAGUUCUUCUAAGAGACCGGUCUACGAUGAAAAGGAAGAUGUAACCUUCGACCACUUCCAGAUUCUCCGGGCCAUUGGGAAGGGAAGCUUCGGAAAGGUGUGCAUCGUGCAGAAGAGGGACACAGAGAAGAUGUACGCCAUGAAGUACAUGAACAAACAGCAGUGCAUAGAGAGAGACGAGGUCCGAAACGUCUUUAGAGAGCUAGAGAUCCUACAGGAAAUUGAACAUGUUUUUUUAGUAAACCUCUGGUACUCGUUCCAGGACGAGGAGGACAUGUUCAUGGUGGUGGAUCUGCUGCUGGGAGGAGACCUGCGCUACCACCUCCAACAGAACGUCCAUUUCAACGAGGACGCUGUCAAACUCUACCUGUGUGAGAUGACCCUGGCACUGGACUACCUGCAGAGCCAGCACAUUAUCCACAGGGAUAUCAAACCAGACAACAUCUUGUUAGAUGAGCAAGGCCACGCCCACCUGACAGACUUCAACGUUGCUACAAUAAUCAAGGAUGGAGAGAGGGCCACGGCCUUAGCUGGAACCAAGCCCUACAUGGCCCCAGAGAUCUUCCAGUCCUUUGUGAGCGGGGGGGUGGGUUAUGCCUUUGAGGUGGAUUGGUGGUCACUAGGCGUGACGGUUUUUGAGGUGCUGCGUGGAUGGAGGCCCUAUGAGAUCCAUGCCAGUAACUCAGUGGAGUCUUUAAUGCAGCUCUUCAGUACAGUCAGUGUGCAGUACAACUCCACCUGGCCCAAGGAUCUGGUCCAUCUCAUGAGGAAGCUGCUGACGGUGAACCCAGAGCAUCGUUUCUCCAGCCUGUCUCACAUGCAGACGGCUCCCUACCUCUCUGACAUCAACUGGGACGCUGUGUACGAGAAGAAGAUAGAGGCUGGCUUUGUUCCUAACAAGGGCCGUCUGCAUUGCGACCCCACCUUUGAGCUGGAGGAGAUGAUCUUAGAAUCUCGUCCCCUCCACAAGAAGAAGAAGAGGCUGGCCAAAAACAGGUCCCGGGAAGCCAGCAAGGAUUCCCAGUCUGAGAACGACUACCUACAGGAGUGCCUUGAAGUCGUGCAGUCAGAGUUCAUGAUCUUCAACCGCGAGAAGUUGAAAAAGAGUCAGGAGGAGGGUGCAGAGGGAGGGGAGUGUGAAGGAGCUGCCGAGGGGGGUGAUGAUGGUGAUGGAGACGGAGACGGAUCCGGAGAGGCUGAGGGAGGCACAGAGGACGAGGAUCCCGAACCCGAACCUGAGUCCUCCUCCAAACUGAGCAUGUGCGGCUCGGUCUGCUCCUCUCCUGGAAGCUCCUAG